CCUCGACACUCACCGUACGUUAUCCACAAUGCAGUGACGAGUUAGCACAAGAAACAACUGAAUCUAUCAGGUCUGGAUCACUUUCAUUUGCCUCGACUGCCAAAUUCUCUGCGCCUGUCAACAUGGUCAAUGUGCACAAAGGAGUCCUUGUUGAAUGUGAUCCUGCCAUGAAACAGUUCCUCCUCUACCUGGAUGAGACGAUGGCCUUGGGAAAGAAAUUUAUCCUCAAGGACCUUGAUGACACACACCUGUUCAUCCUGGCAGAGGUGGUUCACACCCUCCAGGACAGAGUUGGAGAGUUAAUGGACCAGAAUUCAUUCCCUAUCACGCAAAAAUAAUCCUAAACUUCAUCAAAGAAGAAGUUUCUUCUUGGACAUUGGACAGUUUAUUUUCUUAAAAUUAAUACUGUUGGCAAUGUUUUGACUGCAGACUAAAAUGAAAUAAUUGCUCGAUCUUUGUCACAGAGUAAAAUACCCGCUUUAUUACUUGA